CUCACCUCAUCAUUCUCUCACACACCAUGGAAGCCAGCGCCGGACUUGUCGCCGGAUCUCACAACCGCAACGAGCUCGUCGUCAUCCACGGCCAUGAAGAGCACAAGCCUUUGAAGAACUUGGAUGGCCAGGUCUGUGAGAUUUGUGGCGAUGACGUCGGGCUAACGGUUGACGGAGAUUUGUUUGUGGCCUGCAAUGAGUGUGGUUUUCCGGUGUGCCGGCCUUGCUAUGAGUAUGAGAGAAGAGAAGGCAGCCAACUUUGCCCUCAGUGCAGAACCAGAUACAAGCGUCUCAAAGGGAGCGCAAGGGUGGAGGGAGAUGAAGAUGAAGAGGAUGUGGAUGAUAUUGAGCAUGAGUUCAAGAUGGAGGAUGAGAGGAACAACAAGCAUAACCAUAUUGUAGAAGCAAUGCUUCAUGGGAAGAUGAGCUAUGGAAGAGGACCUGAAGAUGACGAAAAUGCCCAUAUCCCACCAGUUAUAUCCGGUGCAAGAUCCCGACCGGUGAGCGGUGAAUUUCCAAUUUCAUCUCAUGCUCAUGGAGAUCAGCAGAUGCUUUCUUCUUCGUUGCAUAAACGAGUGCAUCCAUAUCCAGUUUCUGAACCUGGGAGUGCAAGGUGGGAUGAAAAGAAAGAAGAUGGUUGGAAAGAUAGGAUGGAUGACUGGAAAAUGCAGCAAGGCAACCUGGGGCCUGAACAGGAUGACACUGACCCUGACAUGGCCAUGAUUGAUGAAGCUAGACAGCCACUGUCGAGAAAAGUACCGAUUGCUUCAAGCAAAAUAAAUCCUUAUCGGAUGGUGAUUGUAGCCCGACUUUUUGUUUUGUCCUUGUUCCUCCGAUAUAGACUUAUGAAUCCGGUGCAUGAUGCCUUUGGGCUCUGGUUAACGUCUGUGAUAUGUGAAAUUUGGUUUGCAUUUUCAUGGAUCCUUGAUCAGUUCCCAAAAUGGUACCCUAUUGAUCGUGAGACCUACCUUGAUCGUCUUUCACUCAGGUAUGAGAGGGAGGGUGAACCAAAUCAGCUGUCUCCAGUAGAUCUCUUCGUCAGUACUGUGGAUCCCAUGAAGGAACCUCCUCUUGUUACAGCUAACACAGUUCUUUCAAUCUUGGCCAUGGAUUACCCGGUUGAUAAGAUCUCAUGCUACAUUUCUGAUGAUGGUGCUUCCAUGCUCACCUUUGAAGCCUUGUCUGAAACUGCAGAAUUUGCACGCAAAUGGGUACCUUUCUGCAAGAAAUUUUCUCUAGAGCCUCGAGCCCCUGAAAUGUACUUCGCAGAGAAGAUUGAUUAUCUCAAGGACAAGGUUCAGCCUACUUUUGUUAAGGAGCGUCGAGCUAUGAAGAGAGAAUAUGAAGAAUUCAAGGUUAGGGUAAAUGCACUUGUGGCCAAAGCCACGAAGGUUCCUCCAGAGGGGUGGAUCAUGCAAGAUGGGACGCCAUGGCCAGGAAACAAUACUAAGGAUCACCCUGGGAUGAUUCAGGUGUUUCUCGGUCACAGUGGAGGAGUUGAUGCUGAAGGAAAUGAGCUUCCUCGUCUUGUCUAUGUAUCCCGUGAGAAAAGGCCUGGUUUUCAACAUCACAAGAAAGCUGGUGCCAUGAACGCUCUGAUUCGGGUCUCUGCUGUGCUCACCAAUGCCCCUUUCAUUCUCAACUUGGAUUGUGAUCACUAUAUCAACAACAGCAAAGCCGCGCGAGAGGCCAUGUGUUUCUUGAUGGACCCCCAGACUGGGAAGAAGGUCUGCUAUGUCCAAUUCCCUCAAAGAUUCGACGGCAUUGAUACAAACGAUCGAUACGCCAACAGAAACACAGUCUUCUUUGAUAUCAACAUGAAAGGUCUAGAUGGAAUUCAAGGUCCUGUAUAUGUGGGCACAGGAUGUGUUUUCAGAAGGCAAGCUUUAUAUGGAUAUAACCCUCCCAAAGGUCCUAAGCGCCCAAAGAUGGUAAGCUGUGACUGCUGCCCAUGUUUUGGACGUCGCAAGAAGCAAAAGUAUGCUAAGGACGGGGCAACUGGAGAUGGUGCAAGCCUACAAGAUAUGGACGAUGACAAGGAGCUAUUGAUGUCCCAGAUGAAUUUCGAAAAGAAAUUUGGGCAGUCAGCAAUUUUUGUAACUUCAACCUUAAUGGAACAGGGUGGUGUGCCUCCUUCCUCGAGUCCGGCAGCCCUGCUCAAAGAAGCCAUUCAUGUGAUCAGUUGUGGCUAUGAAGACAAAACGGAUUGGGGUCUUGAGCUUGGUUGGAUCUACGGAUCAAUCACAGAGGAUAUCCUCUCGGGUUUCAAGAUGCAUUGUCGUGGUUGGAGGUCUAUAUACUGUAUGCCAAAGAGACCUGCAUUCAAGGGUACAGCUCCCAUCAACCUGUCAGAUAGGCUAAACCAGGUGCUUCGGUGGGCACUUGGUUCCAUUGAGAUCUUUUUCAGUCACCACUGCCCUGUUUGGUAUGGCUACAAGGAAGGGAAACUCAAGUGGCUCGAGAGAUUUGCCUACGUCAACACAACAGUCUAUCCCUUCACCUCCUUGCCUCUUCUUGCCUACUGUAGCCUCCCUGCUAUCUGCUUGCUCACUGAUAAAUUCAUCAUGCCACCGAUAAGCACUUUUGCGAGUCUCUACUUCAUUGCCCUGUUCAUGUCAAUCUUUAUUACGGGCAUUCUUGAGCUGAGAUGGAGCGGAGUUACCAUGGAGGAAUGGUGGAGAAACGAGCAAUUCUGGGUCAUUGGUGGUGUGUCAGCACAUCUCUUUGCUGUUGUGCAAGGUCUCCUGAAGGUUUUAGCUGGAAUUGACACUAACUUCACUGUCACAUCCAAGGCAACAGAUGAUGAGGAUUUUGGAGAAUUAUACACCUUUAAAUGGACAACCCUUCUAAUCCCUCCAACUACAAUCUUAAUCAUCAACCUUGUUGGAGUUGUUGCUGGGAUCUCAGAUGCCAUAAACAAUGGAUACCAAUCAUGGGGACCUCUAUUUGGGAAGCUCUUCUUUGCAUUCUGGGUGAUUGUCCAUCUCUACCCAUUCCUUAAAGGUCUGAUGGGGCGGCAGAACCGGACACCAACCAUUGUUGUCAUAUGGUCAAUCCUUUUGGCUUCCAUCUUCUCCUUGCUUUGGGUCCGAAUUGAUCCAUUUGUGUUAAAAACCAAGGGACCUGACACCAAGCAAUGUGGAAUUAAUUGCUAAAAUUGCCACAUCUCUGAAAGAUACAUAUAAAAUCUUGUUUUUAUGUGCAUGGUGUAUGAAUUGACAUAGGGGAAAUGCACAAAAAUGAAUAAAGAAAGAGUGAAAUUUUUUGUGUAGUGUAAAUGAAGUUUGUACCCAGUUUUGUAAGUGAAGUAAAGCCCCUGUACGUUGCUUAUGAUACCAAAACAUUGCCAAUUUAUUCACAAUUCAUGCAUCAGAAUCUUUGAAUU